UCGUCAACAACUUCGGGUAUCAAAUCAAAACAGUUUUUGGACAACGAAUUUUACCUAAAUCCUAAGGCUGCAGCAGCUGCAUUUAGCACAGGCGACCAAAAUUAAUCGGGUUAAUUAGAGAAAGACAUGGCACGCGGACACCAAAAGAUCCAGUCGCAGGCGAAGGCCUCCGAGAAACAGGCCAAGCUCAAGAAGCAGCAGGGACACAGUGCCAACGACCAGAAAAAGGCGGCCCAAAAGGCACUCGUUCAUGUGUGUGCCGUUUGCAAGUCUCAAAUGCCCGAUCCUAAGACUUAUAAGCAGCAUUUCGAGAACAAGCAUCCCAAGAACGACAUGCCAGAAGAGCUGAAGGACGUCUGAUGCCCGAUGUGGUCGUGUGCAUAUAUAACUUUAUCAAGUGGAAGAAGGUCGACGAGUUGCCUACCAGUACGAAACCUUUGCAACAAUAACUUUACAUCAGCCCAAGAAGAAGACCAACAAUCAAGCCGAAGCCCAGAGGAUGGAUAAUAGUAAUAAUAAUUGUAUUUGCCAAUUUUUCUGUAUACACAAUACUGACUUUUGGUUUUGGUUUAAACAUUGAAAUUAACACAGUGUGUUCGAUGAAUAGCUACCACAAUACAAAGCAACCAACCACGUAGCAAAAUAAAUAGGAAUGAUUUUAUUUA